UAUGACGUCACGGAGCACUAUUAAUACUUGGCCUCAAGCGACUAUCCAGUAUCCAGCAUUGAUCGUUUUCCGAGGUGAACGUGACAUACUAACCAAAUAGCUCGCUCUCUUCCAACAACAACCAACGCCACAGAGGUAAUACGAAAUGGCCCGUACAAAGCAGACUGCUCGUAAAUCCACCGGAGGUAAGGCUCCACGAAAACAGCUCGCGACCAAGGCGGCUAGGAAGAGCGCGCCCUCUACUGGAGGAGUGAAGAAGCCCCAUCGCUACAGGCCAGGCACCGUGGCUCUGAGGGAGAUCCGUCGUUACCAGAAGUCUACAGAGUUGCUCAUUCGCAAGCUGCCCUUCCAGCGCCUGGUGAGAGAGAUCGCCCAGGACUUCAAGACCGAUCUCCGCUUCCAAAGUGCGGCUAUUGGUGCUCUACAGGAGGCCAGCGAAGCUUACCUGGUGGGUUUGUUUGAGGACACCAACCUGUGCGCCAUCCACGCCAAACGUGUCACCAUCAUGCCCAAAGACAUCCAGCUGGCCCGCAGGAUAAGGGGAGAACGGGCCUAAGUACCUCUUCGGCACUACCGUUUCAAGACAAAUAAUCCUAUUUAUCAUACUUAACGAUUUUUUUUUUUUGUGGACUUGUUUUUUUUUUUUUCGGGUAUUAUGCGUUUACGACUUUUGUAUCGUACUUUAGAAGUCAACCAUUCCACAAGCUAAUGGGUAGUUGCGUAGGAAUAUUUGCCUGUUCUGUGGAUUGUUACUACAUUCGAUGACAUCAGAGCCCCUCCUCCCAAGUUUUUGUGGAUCAUGGCCUCCAUUCGUGUUAAUAUUUCAGCAAAAAAAAUGCAGCUUGCCCAAUAGAUUUGUCUUCACUACUGUUUCACAACACUUGGUGCAAGAAGCAGACCUGAUUUUUACGGACUGCUUUGUUUCCCAUCAUUGAACAAAACCUGGCAGCUACAUUUUAAUAAUUGAGAAUUGUCACGUCUUUCUAUUAAAGUUCUUUAUGAGUAGA